UUUCGUGCUAUACAUGCAUGAAUAGACCCCUCCCCCUCAGCAGAUCUUCCGGCGUUGUUCCCUUUUCUUGCCGGCUGUCUCCCUCAUCUCCCUCUCCUGUUCCUUUCUGCUUCUGACGAAUCUGCUACUGCUACUGCUUCUACGUACAGUUUCAGUAAGGACAAGUAAUAAAUAAUGGGAUUGCCUCAGCUGUGGGGAGUAUGGGAGGUGGAAUUUUUGCUACUUUCAAGCUUACUGGUGCAAGUGCUCUUGCUCAUCUUCACCGAGUGGCGUCGGCGUGUAUCCAGGGCUCUACUGUCUGUGGCGCUGAAUGGCAUCCUCUGGAUGUUGUACCAGAUGGCCGACUCAAUCGCUUUGUAUAUCCUUGGCCACAUGUCAUUGAGCAGCAGGCCUCACGAGCAGCAGCAGCUCAUGGCGUUCUGGGCAUCGAUGCUGCUGGUGCACCUCGGCGGACAGGACACCAUCACCGCCUACGCCAUGGAGGACAACGACCUCUGGCUGCGUCACUUGUUCACUCUGGUGGUGCAGGCGGUGGGGGCAGCCUACGUCCUCUACAAGUACGUUGCUGGUGGCAGCAGGGCCUUGCUCGCUGCGGCCGUGUUGAUGUUCCUGGUGGGCGUUGUCAAAUAUGGUGAGAGGAUAUAUGCUCUAUAUUCAUCCGGCCUUGGCAGCAUCAGCAAGUUCCUCGAUGGUUUUGAGGUACCCAGGAACGCAAGGAACGUGGAGUACCCAGUCCCACCCAAUUUGGAUGAUGAAGAAGAGGUCCUGCAGGGAGCUCAUGACCUCCUCCAUAUCUGCAUGGGCCAGUUGGUGGAUUACAAGGUCUGGCCGUCCCAGUUUCAGACCAGAGCCAUAUCGGUGUAUCAUGAUCGUACUCGUACCAACCGGAAUGGUACUACCAGUACCACCGGCCGUAGCAAAUUGUUGGAGUUGGUUGGGAUGCAGCUCUCCCUGAUGCGUGACAUCCUCUACACCAAGGCGGCCGUGAUCCAUACAAGGUAUGGAUGUGUGUCCCGUGUCGUCUCGGUGGUGUCAACCAUCGUCGCGUUCCACCUGUUCCAGCAGUCCACCGCCGUGUCUGGCCGCGGUUACAGCAAGGGGGACAUGGUGGUCACCUACAUUUUGUUGUCCGGGGCGUUUUCCCUGGAGCUAGUGUCGCUGCUGAGGGCAGCCGCUUCAACUUGGACAUGCGCCUGGUUACGGGCUGCCGGAUGGAAGCAGCUCCAUGCAGCGGCGGUGCGUCUUCGCAGGGGCGUCAGAGCGGCAGAUAGAUGCAGGAUGUGGUCAGUGUCCAUCGGGCAGAUCGACCUAUUGCAAUUCUGCGUGUGGGGUAAGACCGGCGAUGACUGCAUCUACCAGAUGGCUUCUUGCAUCGGGCUGGGUCAACAGUGGAACAGGCUGCUUUGCAUCGAAUCCAUCACCAUCUCAUAUGAUGUGGAGGAUUUGCUGCUGCGGGAAGUACAGCGUAUGGUUGAAGCUUGUGGAGAAGACGAGCAGGCCCUGCGGGCAUAUCGUGGUCAGCUUGCCCUCCGCGAAUGGGGUGGUGCGAGCUUCUACGAUAGUGCUGGAGCUGAGGAGAUUGGUUUUGAUGGCAGCAUACUCGCGUGGUACUACGCCACUGAAGCCUUCCUCAAGCACGGCCUCUACUCCACCCUGGUCGUGCGGGUGCGGCGUUCUCCUUUGUUGGCAGCAGACGCGGCCACGCAAGAGUGGGCGCAGCAGUCGUGCCUGGUGCGGGCCACCCAUACACUGUCAAAAUACAUGGUUUUCCUCCUUGUGGAGAGGCCUCACUUGCUGCCUAGCCCUGUUCGUCGCAGCCAAUACGACAGCUUCUGCGCCGGGUUCGUCGAGUUCCGAGACAUCAAGCCACGAGAUGACAUUGCCGAUGCCAUCCGACCAGGGGUAGAUCUUGCAACAAAACUGAUAGCCAGGUGCCAGGAGGGGACGUCGGUGGCAGAGAUGCUGAGGGUCAUCUCCGGGGUGUGGGUGGAGAUGCUGUGCUACGCGGCCAGCCACUGCAGCAGCGACUCACAUGCCAGGCAGCUCAGCCGCAGCACCGAGUUCAUCACCGUCGCUUGGAUUCUCACGACUGCAUUGUUCAAUCGCUUCCACGGUGACAACCGUCCAUUCUUAGUAAAAGCGUCCCGCUUCUUGGAAAGACAUGUUAAGCGUCGGAUGGCCAAGGCUGUAUAUUAAAUCCAAAUUAGAGUAAUGGUACACCUACAAAGGCUUACGUAAAGAUUUUACGUACAAACUGAUGUGUAAGAUUGUGAUUGGUAAUUGAGGGAUGAGGGGCCCCACCCCCACUGAAAAUCAGGGAGAAGAGAAUAGUUAGUUUGGAAGGUUAAGUAAACCUUUGUAAGUUUUUGUAUGUCUAGCAUUAUUGAUAAAAUUAUCCAACCCACCCUUGCAACGCCAUCCUUAC